GAGAAGGGCGAGGGGCAGAGGUGGGGUUAAGUGGAAGGGGAAGGUGAGCAUUCACAGCCCCUGAUGGCCCCCCACCUACCUCCCAGCCUGAGGCUCUUUCCUUCCUUUGCUCUCAGGCGGCGACUCACAAUUGAGGACUUUGAAAUCGGGCGUCCUCUGGGCAAGGGAAAAUUUGGGAAUGUGUACCUGGCUCGGCUCAAGGAAAGCCAUUUUAUCGUGGCCCUGAAAGUCCUCUUCAAGUCCCAGAUAGAAAAGGAAGGACUGGAGCACCAACUGCGCAGGGAAAUUGAAAUCCAGGCGCAUCUACAACACCCCAAUAUCCUACGUCUGUACAACUAUUUCCAUGACGCACGCCGUGUGUACCUGAUUCUGGAAUAUGCUCCAAGGGGUGAGCUCUACAAGGAGCUGCAAAAGAGCCACACAUUAGAUGAACAGCACACAGCCACGAUAAUGGAGGAAUUGGCAGAUGCUCUGACCUACUGCCACGAGAAAAAGGUGAUUCACAGGGAUAUUAAACCAGAGAACCUACUGCUGGGGUUCAAGGGUGAGGUGAAGAUUGCAGACUUUGGCUGGUCGGUGCACACCCCAUCUCUGAGAAGAAAGACAAUGUGUGGGACUCUGGACUACUUGCCCCCAGAAAUGAUUGAAAGGAGAACAUACAAUGAGAAGGUUGAUCUGUGGUGCAUUGGAGUGCUGUGCUAUGAGCUGCUAGUGGGAAAUCCACCCUUUGAGAGCCCUUCCCAUAAUGAGACCUACAGACGCAUCCUCAAGGUAGAUGUAAGGUUUCCCCCAUCAUUACCUUUGGGGGCCCAGGACUUGAUCUCCAAGCUUCUCAGAUACCAGCCUUCGGAGCGGCUGCCCUUGGCCCAGAUCCUGGAGCACCCCUGGGUCCGGGCCCACUCUCAGAGGGUGUUGCCUCCGUCUGUUCAGAUGGCUUCUUGAGCCCUGUCUGCACCUGUUUUAUUGUCUUUGUCCAGGGAGCUCUCCUGGCUCCACUAUCUUACCUGUCCUUUGUUUCUUCUAAGAUGCAAGAUGCUAAUUAAUAAAAGCUGAAUCAUUUUGUACCGGUUAUUUAGAGUUAUUUGACUAUGCAGUUAUGUGACUGGGUAGAGUCUAUUUCUUGUAGAAACUCUUUCCCAUGAGAGUGUCCCAAGAUGAUGUCCCCCCUGGUCCCCAAGGAUGGUGACUCUACUCACCUUGAAAACUAGUUACUGCUUUGUGCAGACAACCACCCUGGUGGUGUACAACCUACCACCUAUCACAUUU